AAUGGGUUCGGAGAAGCCUCAUGCAGUUUGUAUUCCAUACCCUGCUCAGGGCCAUAUCAAUCCUAUGCUAAAACUAGCAAAGCUCCUCCAUUUCAGAGGCUUUCGUAUCACCUUUGUCAACACAGAGUUCAACCACACACGCUUACUCAAGGCCCAGGGCCCCAACUGCCUCAGUGGUCUCCCCACCUUUCAGUUCGAAACCAUUCCCGAUGGUCUCCCCCCGUCCGACGUCGACGCAACCCAACACAUUCCUUCCCUCUGUGUAUCCACCAAAAAGAACUGCUUGGCUCCCUUUAGACGCCUUCUCGCCAAACUCAACCACGACGGUCCUCCCGUCACUUGCAUAUUUUCUGACGCUAUCAUGAGCUUCACUUUAGACGCUGCUCAAGAACUCGGCAUUCCCGACCUUCUUUUAUGGACAGCUAGUGCUUGUGGCUUCAUGGCCUAUGUGCAGUAUCGCAGUCUCAUCGACAAGGGUUUUACACCACUCAAAGAUGAGAGUUAUCUAACAAAUGGGUAUUUGGAUACUGUUGUUGAUUGGAUACCGGGCAUGAAAGGUAUCCGUUUGAAGGAUCUCCCGAGCUUCAUUCGGACUACCGAUCCAGAUGAUGUCAUGCUGGACUUUGCCAUGGGUGAGCUUGAAAGGGCUCGCAAGGCUUCUGCCAUCAUUUUCAAUACGUUUGACGCUUUAGAGCAUGAGGUUUUGGAUGCAAUUGCUCCCAUGUAUCCCCCAAUCUACACCAUCGCUCCUCUUCAGCUACUUCUGGAUCAGAUUCACGAUAGCGAACUACAGUUGAUUGGAUCAAAUCUGUGGAAGGAAGAGCCCGAGUGUCUCAAAUGGCUGGAUUCCAAAGAACCCAACUCUGUUGUUUACGUUAAUUAUGGAAGCAUCACAGUCAUGACUCCCCAGCAACUGAUUGAGUUUGCUUGGGGACUUGCAAAUAGCAAUCAAAGCUUCUUGUGGAUACUUAGGCCAGAUCUCGUGUCUGGUGAGUCAGCCAUUCUGCCACCAGAAUUCGUGGCAGAAACAGAAGACAGGGGUUUACUAGCAGGUUGGUGUCCUCAAGAGCAAGUUCUCACCCACCAGGCCAUUGGCGGCUUCUUAACUCAUAACGGCUGGAAUUCCAUAAUCGAGGGUUUAUGCGCUGGAGUGCCUAUGAUUUGUUGGCCAUUUUUUGCAGAGCAGCAAACCAACUGUCGUUACUGCUGCACUGAGUGGGGCGUAGGAAUGGAGAUAGACAGUGAUGUUAAGCGGGAUGAAGUUGCAAAGCUUGUGAGGGAGUUGAUGGAGGGAGAGAAAGGCAAAGAAAUGAAAAAGAAAACCAUGGAGUGGAAGCAUACGGCAGAAGCGGCUACCACUGGUCCAAAUGGAUCAUCUUACUUGAAUUUGGAAAAAAUGUUUGAACACGUGCUUCUCUAGAUCUCAAAUUUCCAAUCUAGUUUUUGGCACCUUUCCUCCCUUAUUUCCAUAUUUCUUACUAUGCUUCAUGUCGUACCUCUCUUUUGGUGGUUUGUUUCAUUAUGCAUCAUGUUGUACUUUUCUUUUCGUGGCUUGUUUGACGAAUUUUGGGUCAAAGUAACUUUUGACCGAAACAAAAAAUCAACUUUAGGCCUACGGUGAAACAAUUGUGGAUUUUGGCCCUCUUUCGAA